GGAGCGAAAUGCACCCUUCCUUCCACAGUCUCCCCCUCCUCCGCACUCAGCAGGCCCUCUCCUCCUCAGCCCUCCUGCGUUUUACCCAUUCUCCACACCACUCAGCCCUUCCCCAUCUCCUCCAUCAUGGUCCUUCACCACUCCAACUCCCAGAACCGCCGUGUCUCCCAGGCAGAGAACGCCCCUCCCACUAGACUCGGCGUUGUUUCCACCAUCAAAAACCAUGCCUCUCGUCAGCGUGCCAUGCGCCGUGCCAAUAAUGCUCCUCCGCAGCCUGCGGUCGCCGCCCGUCGCCUUCGCUCUCGCCCACGUACUUCGGUCCAGUUUGAGUUCCCCCUCCCGAUCCAUCUCGUUCCUCCUCCCGUUGCGUCGUCCAUCGAUGUUGAGAUGGCGCCCCCUGUUCCGGGCCCGACAAAGACGCUCGUCAAGCUCCCGCGCUACCUGUACCACCCCGAGCGCAAAGAGCCUCGUCCAGAGGUCGUGGAGGCAUCUGUCCCCGACUUGGAGGGAGUUCCUCUCCAGUAUGCCCGGGAUAAGCUCCCACUGCUGAGCGGAGACAUGUUCAAAGUCCUCACCGGGGCCAAGAUCGCUCCUCCCAUGGGCGCUCUCCCGAAGGAAAUCGAAGUGUCCAUCAACGACGUUACAUCAGAUAUGCCUACCCACGUCCUUGCCCUCUACUGCCCCCUCAUCCGCCCUGAUCCGAACGCGGCCGUAGCCCCUAAGCGGCGUAUCACUCUCUACCCCAUUCAUAGCACCGUCUUUGCCGUGCACUGCGCCAGCCUUCCCCCACUGCCACCAUCCCACCCCGAGCCUGUUCCAAUCGGUGGCACAAUCACGGUUCCUGUGCUCCCAAUCGGCCUGCCCUCUCCAUCCGCUUUCCCGUUCCUCUCCCACUACCUGUACCACAGGCGCCCCGACAAGCUCAUCGCCUCCCUCAUCCCGUGCCCGCCGCCCGUCGCUAUCCCGAUAGCUGACGAUGCCUCGGUUGAGGAGAAGCGGAACGCGGAGAAGGAGAUCAUCAAGGCGUACGCGAUGAAGUGCGCCGCGAUGUUGACGCCGCAUGCGCUCUUGGAUCGCACCUUGCUGGUCAAUGGGCUCUGGCGGGACGCGUACGUACUCGGGGUGUUCGACGAGGGCUUGUGGGGGUCGCUGGACCUCGCGUGGGAGAUCCUCGUCAACGCGAUGGCGAUCUCCAGCGGCGAUCCCGACUCAGUGCAAGUCUGCCUUCCGGAGUGGGCUUGAUCUCGUCAUUUCCUCUAUCCUCUUCUCGCAUCUCUUAUCUCUUGUGUAUGCCUAACCUUCGGACUCCGCUAUGCAUGAAGCAACCCAUGUAUGUCCAGUGUACAUGACCCCAUUUCGUUCACGUUUUCUUUCAUCUUGCGUUACCCACUUCGUUCUUCAUUCAGCAUCAUCUUGCGAUACAAUGUGCGCGUACACUUAUUAUCUCCGUUAUUGUUGGGCGUUAGAUAGGCAGAAGUCACCUUCCGAAAUACUUGUAGUCUGCGUCGAAAUCAAUAAUGUGUAUACCUUUCACACUG